AUGCCACCAUAUACCAUCUUCUACCUUAGCGACUCCGAGUACCGGCGCCUCUUCAUGGAAAGCGAACAACCGCUGGACAUGCCCAGUCAAGGAAGAUUUACAGGAAUUGCCGUAUAUCUUAAAGUUCUACUUUUCAUCUUCCCUAUAUGGAAGCGUAAGUGGGUUGAGACACUGAAUGAGAUUGAUAAGUUAGUUGGCGUAGAGAUCGACGAGUUAUUCGACCCGACGCGCGACGGCGCUACCAUGAUGUUCGAUAGCACAUUCGAGAGAUCUAGACUUUACUUCACAGUUCUCCAGGCGCUGAGGAUAUUUUCCGAAUGGAUCCAGGAGAGUGGUCGAGAGCUCCAACAGCUCAAGCUGGACUUUGAUGGGAAUAUCCAAUCUAGCGGAACUCGCCGCAGCUCUAUCAGUUCAAGCCACGGCGGCGAAUCCCCAAACUCUUUCAUGAAAGAAAUCGACGAGGCAUGGGAGAAGGUUAUAUCAAUCCACGGUACCUCUUCAAAGUCCCUCAUAGAUCGUAUAGAAAAGAAAGAAGAAGAGAUCAAAAGUUUUAGAGACGGCCUCUUCAGUGCCACAUCAGUGCGCGAGGCAUCACGAGCAACGAUCUUGAACCAGUAUAUUCUAGUAUUCACAAUCGUCACCAUCUUCUACCUUCCCCUAAGCUACGUUUCCGUAUGUUACCCAUCACCUCCUACGUUAAAGAACUUCCUAUCUAAUUAUGUCAUCCCUAGUCUUUAUUUAGCAUGGACAUAUUCGCCUACGACGAUGCUGGACUAG